GGGGCUCACAAGAUCACCCAGAGCAACGCCAUCCUUCGCUACAUUGCUCGCAAGCACAACCUAUGCGGAGAGACAGAAGAGGAGAAGAUUCGUGUGGACAUUUUGGAGAAUGAGGUUAUGGACACCUUCAUGCACCUGGCUAGGGUCUGCUACAGCCCUGACUUUAAGAAACUGAAGCCUGAGUACUUGGAGGUGCUUUCUGAAAAAGUGAAGCUCUUCUCACAGUUUCUGGGGAAAAGGCCUUGGUUUGCAGGGGACAAGAUCACCUAUGUGGAUUUCCUGGCUUAUGACAUCAUUGACAAACUCCGUAUGUUUGACCCCAAGUGCCUGGAUGUGUUCUCUAACCUGAAGGACUUCAUAGCCCGCUUUGAGGUGAUUCUCUUAAUUCUCUUUCUAUUUAUAUCUCUUUUAUCUUCCCCCUUCUCCUUGAUGCUUUCCUAGUCCUGGAGCUAAAAUGAAGAAUAACUAGCAUUUA